AUGAACGCCGAGCAAGCGAUUCAUGACACCAUUGAGCCAACUCUGUUCACCGGAGAAGCGUCAAGCAGUCACCACCAAAAGAGGCAACGAAGACUUCCCUCCACUGUUGAAGAAGAAAAAGUAGGCGAGAAUGGUGGAGGAACGAGGAGUGAAACGGAGGCACGAUAUGGGACUAUGUUUGAUUUGGAUCUUCUCGACUGUCUUGUUUGCUGCCAUGCACUGACAAACCCUAUCUUUCAGUGUGAAAAUGGACACAUAGCUUGUUCUUCUUGCUGUCUCAAACUGAGGAGCAAAUGCCCUGUCUGCCGGUGCAGAAUCAUGGAGAGAGAUGUAGAAGUAAUCAUCGUUCCUUGCCCAAACGCAAAACAUGGUUGCACUGAGAAGUUCUCUUAUGGUAAAGAGAUAGCCCAUGAGAAGGAAUGCGGUUUCGCUCUGUGCUACUGUCCUACACCAAACUGCAAAUACACUGGCGUGUACAAGGGACCUCUACAGUCACUACUAUGCAACCACAAGGACAAGGACUUGUGGAACUGUUUCAUGUGUGUCCGUUCCAGUGGCGCAUGGCUAUCCACAAGCGAGAAGAUUUUAAUCCUUCACGAAUCUAGUGAUGGUCCAUUGGUUGUGCUCCAGUGUUUCAAUGAACCACAAGGAAUGUAUGUAACUGUCAACUGCAUAGCACCUUCUGCUCCCGGAGUUGGGAGAUUCUCCUAUCAUCUUUCCUACUCGUUUGGAGAUGCAACAAUGACGUUUGAGUUAGAGGAGAUGAAUAGGAUUCAGAAAGUGAGCUGGGAAACUCCUGAGAAGGACUUCAUGUUAGUUCCUUACUAUAUCGUGGGUCAGAAGCUUCGGUUGAAGAUGGUUAUUUGCAUGCGCCGGCUAGAAGAAGAAAAAGAAGUUGAAGAGGAUGAAGCUGAAGAGGAGUAUGCAUAUUAUCAUUGGAAAGACUAAUCAUUUGCUUAUCUGUGUAUGUACACACAUAUCCGAGUCACGGGUUUCCCAUUCAAGUUAGCUGGCUACAUGCA